AUGGAAAAUAAUUCUUAUUUUGACGAAGUAGAAAAGCUGCUUGAAAAUAAAAACAGCUGCAGCAAAAAUGUGAACGGAAAUGUUAAGAAUGAAAUAAGCGAAAAUAUAAGAGCAAGAAAUAAAAACAGAGUGAAUAAUAAUAAGGAUAACAACAAUGACGACUGUGAAGAUACUAACUGUGAAGUUAUGAACGGAGAAGGUAUGAAUAGCGAAGGUAUGAAUAGCGAAGGAAUGAAUAGCGAAGGAAUGAACGUUGAUGAAAAUAAUUGUGAAUACAGUACUCGUGAAGAUGAGGAAUUUGUUUUAAAAAAAGGCAGUUCCAAAAAUAAGAAUAAUAAUAGUAAAAAUACACUAAAUGGAAAAAGAAAGAGCAGUAGAAGGGGAAAGCAAGUUAAGGGUGAGGAGGGUGAUUGUAAUACCGAAAAAGAAAAUGUAAGGACAAGAACGAGGAGAAAAAAGGUUCAAGAGGAUAAUAAUAAUAAUAAGAAGAAUGAAGGUAAUAAUGAUGAUGGUAAUAAAGACGAUGGUAAUAACGAUGAUGGUAAUAAUGAUGAUGGUAAUAGAGACGAUGGUGAUAAUGAUGAGGAUCUAGUGAAGGAAAACACAAACGAAUUAGCAGAAAUAACAAAUAAGAACAAGAAAAGUACCAGGAAAAUAAAUAAUGCGCUGAACGGGAAAUAUGAAAAAGAUGAAAUGAAUAGUUUUGACAAUUCAAAUAAUAAUGAACAUAUAAGAAAUGGGGAAAAAAAUAAACACAAGAACAGUCAUAUAGAGGAGGAAGCUAGAGAAAAAUCCCCAUCCCUUGAAAAGAAGAAUGACGCGCCAUUAGAAGAAACACAAGUUCAAAUUAAAAAAGAAACUGACAAAUCGAGAGGAAAAAAAAGGAAAACGCAUAGAAGUUUAGUUAUUGACGAUCGAGAAGAUGGUAAGUGUAAGGGCGAUGAGGAUGAUAAGGAUGAGGAGAUUGAAAGGGGUAAUGAGAUCGAUAAGGAUGAUGAGACUAACAGGGGUGAUGGGGCAGAUAAGGAUGAUGAGGUUGAUGAAGAUUAUAACGACAAUGAAAGUAGUAGUGGAAACGAAAGGAAAGACAUGGAAAAGAAUAAAUUGUCCAGUAAGGACAAUGAAAAGGAAUCUAAAAUAAGGAAAAAACACAAAUCUGAAGAAUGUUCUUCAAACUUAUCUUCAGUAGAAGAUCGUAGUGAUAAUAUAAGUAAACAUAAAGUCAAGGUAAGAAAAGAAGAUGAUGAAAUAGAGGAAGACAAAGAUAAGAAAAAAGAAAGACAUAAAAAAAGAAACUUGAGUGGUGAACGAAGUUCAUCCAAUAAAAUACGUGCAGAUUAUGAUAAUGAUGAUGAUAAAAAAAGUUGUUCAAAAGACAGACAUAAAAAAAGAAGAAAAAGUAGGAAUGAUAUGCAAAAUGAAGAAAAAAUGAUAGAUCAGAAUUCCUCGUCAAAUGAAUACUCUUCAAGUAAUGAAGAACAUAGUCAUAAAAGAAGAAGGAGAAAAUCGAGCUCUAGUAGCGCAUCCAAUUCUAGCAACGUAGACGAACAGUAUCAUAGGUCAAGAAGUAGAAAAAGAAGGAAACAUGAUAGGUAUGAAAAAUUGUUGAGGAGGGAAAAGGAAAAAGAUAGAAGAAGACAUAGAGAUAGGGAUGAGGACAGAGAUAUGGACAGAGAAAGAGACAGAGAACGAGAUAGGGACCGAGACAGGGACCGAGACAGGGAUCGAGACAGAGAACGAGAUAGGGACCGAGAUAGGGAUCGAGACAGAGAACGAGAUAGGGACCGAGACCGAAUAAGAGAACGGAUAAGGAGGGAAAGGGAAAGGGAAAGAAUCAGAAAGGAGAGAGAAAUUGAAAGAGAAAAAGAAAGGGAACGAAGAGAAAAAAAAAGAGAAGAGAGGAGAUUAAAAGAAGAGAUGGAAGAAGCAAAAAGAGAUGAUUUAACUGUAUUAGUAUUAAAUUUAGAUUUAAAAGCGGACGAAAGAGAUAUAUAUGAAUUUUUCUCAGAAGUGGCUGGAAAAGUUCGUGAUAUUCAAUGUAUAAAAGAUCAAAGGUCAGGAAAAUCAAAAGGAGUAGCAUAUGUUGAAUUUUAUACUCAGGAAUCUGUUAUAAAAGCAUUAGCAGCUAGCGGAUAUAUGUUGAAAAAUAGGCCAGUUAAAAUAAAAUCUUCACAGGCUGAAAAGAAUAGAGCAGCGAAAGCUGCAAAACAUCAACCAAUUGAUCCAAAUGAUAUUCCAUUAAAAUUAUAUAUAGGAGGUUUAUUAGGUCCCUUAAGUAAUAUAACAGAGCAAGAAUUAAAACAAUUAUUUAACCCUUUUGGGGAUAUAUUAGAUGUAGAAAUACAUAGAGAUCCAUAUACAGGAAAAUCAAAAGGUUUCGGAUUUAUUCAAUUCCAUAAAGCUUCAGAAGCAAUUGAAGCUAUGAGUGUUAUGAAUGGAAUGGAAGUAGCUGGAAGAGAAAUAAAAGUUGGCUAUGCCCAAGAUUCCAAAUAUCUUCUAGCUUGUGAGAAUACUCAAGAAAGUCUUCUACAAAAGCAACAACAAAUAACAAAGAAAGUAAAAAAUGAAGAAGAUGAACAGGACAAUGAAAAAAUUGAUCAUGAUGAUGAUGACGGAGGAGGAUUAAUAGCCGGUGCAGGAAGUAAAAUUGCUUUAAUGCAAAAACUGCAAAGGGAUAAAUUAAUGGAUAACAACAUAUCCAAUAAAUACGCUACUGGAGCAAAUGCAAUAAUGGGUAAAACUGCAUUAAUAUCACCCACUAAUCCUAUAAACAACGUUACACCUAAUUUAGUGUUAUGUAAUAUGUUUUCACAAAAUGAUGAUAAUAUAGGAACUGACCCAGACUUUUUUAAUGAUAUAAUUGAGGAUGUAAAAGAAGAGUGUAGUAAGUAUGGUAACAUUAUGAAAAUAUGGUUAGAUACAAAAAAUAUAGACGGUAAAAUUUAUAUUAAAUAUUCGAAUAAGGAUGAGUCAUUAAAAGCAUUUCAAUUUUUAAAUGGAAGAUAUUUUGGAGGUUUACUUAUAAAUGCAUACUUUAUUAUGAAUGAAAUGUGGGAUUCCAUAUGUAAUUAA